AUGGCCGAAGCGACUAAGCAUGAGAAAGAUUUGCUCGAUAAGGUCGGAGAAGCCAUCUCUUUUAUUGGUGAUGCGAAGCACGUCGACCAAGUCAUCUCCGCUAUUCAUUCCGUCGCCGUUCUUCUCUUCCCGGUCGACCCAUCCGUUUUUUCCGGGAGUAUUGGUGACAAGUACAGAGAAAGGGUGUGCAUCUCCGUAGUUCCUUGUGCAGAUGAGAGAAAUGAUUGGUUUUAUCGAGGGGUUGCAUUUCCAACGUUUGCUCGGGUUUUAUUGCUUGAUGUUGCCUCGGAUUGGCUCUCUUGUUUCCCUAUUUCAGUGCAGAAACAUUUGUAUGAUUUGUUCUUCUUAGAUGGACCUGUUAUCGAGGUUGUUCAGGUUUUGGUUCCAUUUCUACAUCAUGUGGGAAAAAAUGGUGGAGUUGAUGCCAAUCCUGUCCAGACCAAUGUGGAAAGAUUGCUUAUAUUGUGUUUGCUUGAAAAUGCUGGAGUGCUCAAGAUGACUAAAGAAAUUGAUGAUUGUUAUCAAGGAGAGAAUUCUAGGAAUGGAAGUCUCAAGCCUUUGUUAUCCAGGCUAUCACAGAUCCUAACCUCCAUUCCUGAUAAAGCACGGUUGAAAGCCCCGCCUUUACUUUCUUCUCACUUGUACUUCAAGCACAUUACCAAUCAGCUUCUACAGAUAUUGGACGACAGAGCUUCCUGCUCUGAGGCCAAUAGCACAGUUCUCGUUUUAUCGUUUGUCGGGGAAAUUUUUUCUCGCAUCUGUCGACGCGGAUUAUCAGAUUUGCUAUUAAGUGAAGUAACACCUCGUGUCCUAGCUCAUGUUAGGAGGUUACUAAACGCAAAGAAGGGUUUUGUUGAGAUUGAAACAUUUCAAGUGGACCCUACACCCCAGAUUUGGUCGAAAACUAUGGAAGCAGUGACAGAUCCGUAUGCUGUUGAGAAAAUGGCUGAACAACUUUUACAUCAGUUAUAUGCUGAGCAUGCAAGUGAUGUUGAAGCUUUCUGGACUAUUUGGACUUUGUUUCAUUCCAAUAUAAAACAUCAAGCAUCAGUGAGGUCCAUAUUUGUUGACAAAUUUUUGCUGUGGAAAGUGUUUCCUAUCCGUUGUCUGCGAUGGAUCUUACAAUUUUCGGUUCUUGAGUGCCCACCGGUUACUAAUACACUUGCUAAAGGUGACAUGACGCAUGGACUGCUUGAAACAACGCAGAGAAUAGCCUCAGUUUGGUCAAAAGGGGAGUUUCUGCAGUCCGUCCCAUUGGAGCAGCAAGCUUAUAUAACUACAGCUCUUGGGCUUUUCCUGGAGAACAUGUCAAGAGAGGAACUAGAUAGAACAAAGGAUGUAAUGCACAAUAUUCUUCAAGGAGUUACAUGUAGACUGGAGAACCCAGGAGAUCUAGUACGGAAAAUGGGUAGCACUAUUGCCUUUAUGUUCUCUAAAGUAAUUGACCCAAAGAAUCCUCUGUACCUUGAUGAUUCAUUCACUGGGAAUGCAAUUGACUGGGAAUUUGAAUUGCAAACGGCUGUGGGAGGGGUCCGGUCAAUCACGAAUUCAAUGGAAAAUGAAGAUGGUGCAACCAAAACAUCGGCCUCCUUAACUGAAGUAAAUGAAUCUAGCCGCAGAAACAAGGAAAAGAAAAAUCGCAAGAGCAAGAACAUAUCUGAUUUUGUAUUGGCUGAUCCAGAUGAAAUAGUUGAUUUGGCUACCUUAACCUGUGAAACAGAGAGUGAUAAUGAUGAUAAUGCAAGUGUCAGCUCUGAUAAUUCAAGUGUCACUUCUUUGGAGCCAUAUGAUCUAUUAGAUGAUGACAAGGAUUUAGAGAAACAAUUUACACAGUUGGUGGAUGUUGUUGGAGCUCUUCGGAAAACAGAUGAUGCUGAUGGGGUGGAGAAAGCUAUAUAUGUUGCGGAGAAACUUGUGCGAGUAUCACCUGAUGAACUGACUCAUAUAGCUGGUGAUCUUACUCGAGUUCUUGUACAAGUUCGCUGCUCUAAUAUAACAAUUGAAGGUGAAGAAGAUUCAGCAGAAGAGAAGCGGCAAAGAGCUCUAAUUGCAUUGCUUGUGACCCGUCCAUUUGAAUCCCUUGAAACUCUUAACAGUAUUUUGUAUUCGCCUAAUCUAGACGUAAGCCAGCGCAUUAUGAUACUUGAUGUCAUGGCUGAAGCAGCUCGAGAGCUUGCUAAUUCUAGGACCCUGAAACCUAAACAUGAAGCACGUGGACCGCUGAUAUCAAAUAUCUCACAUCCUCAACCCUGGUAUUUGCCUAGCAAUGCGAGUACCCCAUGGAAAAAGGUCUCAGAGACAGGAUCUUUUCAUCAAAACUGGGCAAACCGAUUUGAGAGGGAGCUACAGUCAAAACCUGGACAGACGAAGAAAGGGAAAACUCGAAGAUGGGGCCUCAGAUCAGGAGACAAAGACCAAAACAGUACCGACUGGUCCCAAAAUAGGUUUCCACUAUAUGCAGCAGCAUUUAUGCUUCCAGCCAUGAAAGAGUUUGACAAGAAACGACAUGGCGUUGACUUACUUGGCAGGGACUUUGUUGUCCUUGGUAAACUUGUUCACAUGCUCGGCGUCUGUAUGCAAUGUGCAUCAAUGCACCCAGAAGCAUCUGCAUUAGCUAUCUCUCUUCUAGAUAUGUUACAACGAAGGGAAGUAUGCAAUCACCCAGAAGCCUAUGUCCGAAGGGCGGUUCUUUUUGCAGCCUCUUCUGUUUUAGUUGCUCUUCACCCGUCUUACAUAGUAUCAGCCUUAGUUGAAGGAAAUUUUGAACUUGCCAGAGCUCUUGAAUGGAUCAGAACGUGGGCUAUUCAAAUAGCUGACUCAGACAUCGACCGAGACUGCUACACAAUGGCUUUGUCAUGUCUCCAACUCCACGCCGAGAUGGCUCUCCAAACUUCCCGAGCUUUAGAAUCAACCGAUGGAAGUAGCAGCAGCAAUGGACCGAUGAGCAUUAGUCUACCUUCUGGUAUCUCUAAGCUGACAUCAAUCAAACUUCCUUCUUCAAAUGUUCAUCUCUAG